AUGAAUGGAUCGUCGUCGCAGAUUAAUCAGAACGCUCUCCUCGGUGCUCGGGAAGCAGAAAUGCAUCAUCCCGAACAAUCAACAUUAGAUGGAGUCAUAUUUGUGGGUCUAUGUGUUAUGUGUGCUGCUAUUCUAUUAAUGGUCAUCAAAUUAUGCUAUAAUUACGCUAGAAAUUUCCCCGUACGAAAAGAAAGUGAACCGUCGUCCGAGCUGACCACAAAUAUGCUUUCGUUAAAGAAUUCCACCACUGGAGUACGAUAUUCUGUAGCAUGA